UGUUUCCAGUUGUGUAUUACUUUUUCGUUUGUGUGGUUUGUUUAAUUUUUGUUUCAGCUUCGCGUUAAGCGCUUAAAGUAAUAUACAUAAAUAUUCGGAGAGUUUUGGUUCAUUAAAGUAGCUAUUGUGGUUUGUUUUCAGUUGUAUCAAAAAAAAAAGGCCUCUAAUACCAUUAGCCAUUGGAUUAAGAAAAACAGUUGACCAGUCUAUAAAUGUACAUACAAACUCAUAACAACCACUUUGAUAGUCCCUAAAACGAAUCAGUGGAUCUACCAAGAAAUUAUUCUUAAAAUUUAUGUGAUACUUAAUUGCAAUUCGAAAAAACACUUCUAAAAUGGCAAUGCAGCAACGAGAAGUUGGAGUCAGGGAUUUCGUGCUCCUAGAACAAAUAACAAUGGACAAAUUUAUGGAAAAUUUGAAAAAAAGAUUUCACAGUGGAUCGAUUUAUACCUACAUUGGCGAAGUUUGUGUAUCGAUGAAUCCUUAUCGGCAAAUAAAUAUUUAUGGUCCUGAAACGAUAAAAAUAUAUAAAGGCCGCGAGCUAUUCGAGAACCCUCCACACAUAUAUGCCAUAGCUGAUGCAGCAUACAAAAUAUUGAAACAACGUCAUCAAGAUACCUGCAUCCUGAUCUCAGGGGAAUCCGGAGCGGGCAAAACUGAGGCUUCUAAAAUUAUUAUGAAGUAUAUCGCGGCUAUAACCAAUGUACAUGGUCAGAACGAAAUUGAAAGGGUAAAAAAUGUUCUAAUACAAAGUAAUUCCAUCCUUGAAACAUUCGGAAAUGCAAAAACGAAUCGAAAUGACAAUUCAAGUCGAUUUGGGAAAUAUAUGGAUAUUGAGUUUGACUAUAAAGGGGAUCCUGUGGGGGGCAUAAUUACAAAUUAUUUGCUGGAGAAAUCACGUGUGGUGCAACAACAGUCAGGAGAAAGAAACUUUCACUGUUUCUAUCAGCUUCUGCGAGGUGCUAGCGAUAUGGAGCUGCACCGAUAUGAUCUAAUAAAAGAUACUAGUAGGUAUCACUAUAUGAACCAGGGUAGUAUGGACGCACUUUCCGAAAAAUCGGAUUACAAAAGCACAAAUAUUGCUUUUAAAACGCUGGGGUUUACGAAUGAAGAGGUGCAAACUAUUUGGAGUACUAUUGCUGCUAUUUUACAUUUAGGCAAUAUCGAAUUUCAAUCUAAUGAAGAUGAUCUGACAAUUAGCAACAAAACACAUUUGCAAUCUGCUUCAAAUUUGUUGCAAGUAACCGAGAAUGAACUUUCUAACUCUCUAACAAAGCGAACUAUUGCAGCUGGUGGUAAUGUUAUGCUUAAAGAACAUGAUGCCACGCAAGCGGAAUAUGGAAAGGAUGCUUUGGCUAAAGCGAUUUACGACCGACUUUUUACUUGGGUUAUAUCUCGCAUAAAUCGUGCAAUUUUAUUCCGAGGCACAAAAAAUCAAGCACGUUUUAACUCAGUUAUUGGCGUUCUUGACAUUUACGGGUUUGAGAUUUUCGAUAGCAACAGUUUUGAACAAUUUUGCAUAAAUUAUUGUAAUGAAAAAUUACAACAGCUCUUUAUUGAACUGGUACUUAAACAAGAGCAAGAGGAAUAUCAAAGAGAAGGAAUAGAGUGGACCAAUAUUGAGUAUUUUAAUAACAAGAUAAUCUGCGAUCUCAUUGAGCAACCACAUAAGGGCAUGAUAGCAAUUAUGGAUGAGGCUUGCCUCUCAGUGGGUAAAGUCAACGACGAAACCUUGUUAGGUGCCAUGGAUAAAAAUCUUAGUACACACCCCCAUUACAGCAGUAGGCAGCUGAAGCCCAUCGAUAAAGAGCUGCAGCACCGUGUAGACUUCAGAAUAACGCACUAUGCUGGUGAUGUUAUUUACAAUAUAAAUGGAUUUAUUGAAAAAAAUAAGGAUACGCUUUAUCAGGAUUUCAAACGCCUAUUACAUCAUUCCAAAAAUGUCAACUUGAGUGAAAUGUGGCCAGAAGGUGCUCAAGAUAUUAAGAAAACCACCAAGCGACCUCUCACUGCUGGAACUCUUUUUCAACGCUCUAUGAUAGAUCUCGUAAAUACUCUUUUGAAGAAGGAACCAUUUUAUGUUCGCUGCAUUAAACCAAACGAUAUAAAGAGUGCCACGGUAUUCGACGACGAUCGUGUGCAACAUCAAGUUCGCUAUCUCGGAUUACUGGAGAAUGUCAGAGUUCGUCGCGCUGGUUUUGUACAUCGUCAACGUUACGACAAAUUUUUAUUGCGUUACAAAAUGAUUUCUCAGUACACUUGGCCGAAUUUUCAUGCCGGAAGUGAUAAGGAUGGCGUUCGAGUGUUAAUUGAAGAAAAAGGUUUUGGGAAUGAUGUGAAAUAUGGACAUACUAAGGUGUUCAUACGGUCCCCUAAUACUUUAUUCACACUAGAGCAACAACGUAACGAAAUGAUUCCUCAUAUUGUUACCUUGCUGCAAAAACAAGUCCGAGGUUGGAUUGCUCGAUGUAAUUAUAAAAAAAUGUUGGCCGCACUCGCUAUAAUGCGUGCUUACAAAACAUACAAAUUGCGAUUUUAUGUUCACGAUCUAGCACAACGUUUCCGCAAUGCAAAAAAUAUGAGAGACUAUGGUCGAAGCAUCCUGUGGCCGCAACCCCCAUUGGCUGGGCGAAAAGCAGAACCUCAAUUGAAACGAAUUUUUGAUAAUUGGCGAGCUUUUAUGAUACUACGCAAAUAUCCGCGGUCUGAAUGGCAACAACUGCGUUUACAAAUAAUAGCCGCGUCUGCAAUGAAAGGUCGUCGCAAGCAUUGGGGCCAGCAACGCAAAUGGAUUGGUGAUUACCUAUCGAAUUCUCAAGAAAAUACAUGUUAUCAAGCUUACACCAACAAUAUCAGAAAUUUGAAGAAUGUUCAAGCUAAUAAUACUGUAUUAUUUUCAUCAUUUGCCAAGAAAUAUAACAAACACAAUAAAUCCGCUGAUCGUGCUUUCAUUGUGACAGAUAGUGGAAUAUACAAAUUGGAUGGUGCCAAACACAAAUUUAAAAAUAUGAAUCGUUCUAUUUGUAUUAAAGAUCUUACAUCAAUAAGCAUAAGUCCUGGACUUGAUCAACUUGUAAUAUUCCACUCCUCUGAUAAUAAUGAUUUAGUCUUUGCUCUACAAGGGGAAAAUUCUCAGUUAAAAGAGGAUCAUAUCGGCGAGCUUGUGGGAGUUAUUUGUAAAAAAUAUUUUGACAUUUGUCAGCGAGACCUCCGCGUGGACGUGAAUUCUACAAUCGUAUGCCGUUUGGGUGGGAAAUCUCGAACCAUUAUUAUUCAAGGUGAACCAGGCGUUGAAAAUCCUAAUUUUCGACAUACAGCUGGUAAUAUUAUUUUUGAAGUUCCUCCAUUCUACUGCGUCUAAAAGCUGAAAAUUAUUUCGGAAUCAACGCAUUAAUAUUCUUUUAUAAGCCAAUUCUGGGCUCUGAGUUUUGUUUUAAUCUUAAUGGCCGUAUUUGAUGUGUUGAUUGUUAGUUUACAUUAUGAAACAUAUUACUGCAUUCAUAUAAUUCUGAAUAUGUAUUUAGCAAUGCAAUUGUACAGGUAUGUACAAAAAUUUUAAUUUUUCAAAAAAAAGGUUUAGUUAUUAAGUAUUAACCGACCAAGGUGUUAAACAUUCAAAAACGCAUAUAUAACAUGACUUGGAGAUAAUUCUUAUCCCAUUUUGAAGGUUCAACAUUGUAAUGUUCAUUGAUUAUUGGGACACUUAAAAUGUGUUUUCGAAUGCAAAGAUUGCACUAAAAAAUAUAAUCCACUUUGUUGUAGUUUUUUUAGUGGUGCAUUCAUAAUUUCAAUAACUUCACAUGUGCACAAAAAAUAUACACAAACUGUGGGAUUCAAUACGCAGUCUUAAGCCUCAAACAGAUUAUUUUGUCUUAAAAAUAUCUAAUUUAGGCUAGUUGGUCUUCAUAAGCAGUGUCUAGUCCACAACAAUACAAUAAAAAAAUUGUUUCUUUUUAACUUUUUCUUCACUUUUGUGCUACAAAUUUCAUUUAUUAA